AUGCUAGUCUUGCCCACGGCCGUGAACGUUGAACAUCCGAGCAAUGUGAGUUUUUGAUUUUGUAAAGAAAGUUUUUGCCGUUUCUUUUAACGAAUGUUCUUGAUGUUUUUGGGUUUGGAAAGCAAGUUUUUGACGUUUUUUGUAAAGAAAGUUUCUGUCAUUUAUUGGCGUUGAAAAAAAAAUUUUUUGCCAGCUUUUUUAUUUGAAAAAAAAGUUUUUGCUAUCUUUUGAAUUUGUAAACAAAGUUUUGGCGUUUUUUAAAUAAAACGACCGAUUUCCAGUAUAUUUUUUAGUUUGUAAAGGAACUUCUUAACAUUUUCUAAAUUUGGAAAGAAAGUUUUUGAAAGUUUUUUUGUAAAGAAGUUUCUUGCCAUUUUAUGGUUUGUAAAGAAAGUUCUUGCUAUUUUUUGAAUUUGAAAGAAAGUUCUUGCGUUUUUACAAAUUUUUUGCUUUUUUAGAUAAAAUCACCGAUUCUCAAUAUAUUCUCGGUUCCAUUGGCAGGCGAUCUCCUUCGGCCGGAGCAUGUCAAUAUAGAUUUCGAGCAGAAUCUCAUCCGAGGUGGCAGUGUUUGUUUCAGCGAGAAAGCUGUUCAGGAUGCGUGCAAAAGGCUAAACUUGAACUUUAUUGUACGAGCUCAUCAGGCAUGGGUAGCGCCGUAA